AUGCGUCUUUUGCUUGAAAAGGGUGCUCAAGUGAAUGCAUGUAAUGAAGCACACUGCACUCCAUUGAUGAUUGCAAGCAGGAAAGGCCACGCGAAUGUAGUAAAAUUGCUCAUUGAACGCGAAGCCGACCUGGCUCUCAAGGACCGAGAUGGUCAAACAGCCAUUCACUAUGCUGCUCAGAAGUAUUAUAGGGACGGUAACUCAGUUGAAAUUUUGAGUUGUUUGAUUGAAAAUGGAGCAGAUGUCAAUGCACGAACAAACAACAACCGCACCCCUCUCAUGUUUGCCAGUAGUAUAAGUGAAGUUAAUUGCCCCAUUGACCUCCUUAAAUUCCUUGUUAAACAUGGAGCUGAAAUAGAUCUUCAGGAUGAUUAUGGUAACACAGCUCUUCAUUAUGCAAGUUAUCCUUAUCCUAAAUCUGGUACUGUUUUCUACGCACUGCGAGAUCUUGGAGCAACCUUUCUAGAGAAUAACUGCCGAUUAACACCUCUUCUUUUGGCAACUCAGAUAUCAGUUAACACUUUCUUUGUAAUGGAUUCAAUACGAACUCUGGAUCUCACAAAGAAUGAGCGCGUGGAUGCACUUGAGCUUUUAGGAGCAUCUCUUGCAACUAAACGUACUUUUCGGGGUUUUAUUGGAUAUGGAUACGAUGUUGCAGAAGGAUUUCAUUACCUGAAGCUUGGAAUGGAAGAAAGGUUUUCUGACCUUUCUUAUCCUUUGUUUAAACAACCAAUGGAACCUGUUGAAGCUUAUCAGAAAAGAAAAGAGAGUCAAACUCCUGAGGAACUUGCGCAGAUUGAAAACAACACUUGUAAUCAGAGAGAGAAUUCUUGGAAAGGACAACCCAAAACUGAGUGGCCGAAUUAUAAGUGUUGCUGA